AUGGAAAAUAUAAUUCCCAAGCAGCUUGCUGGGUACAAGCGACCUAGGACCUCAUCCUCAUCACAGGGUCCGAUUGCAGAAAAGUCGAAUGCGUGCCAGAAUUGUCGCUCUCGCAAGACUGGGUGUGACAAAGCUAGGCCAGCAUGUGGAUUAUGCGUGCGACGUGAGACUCAAUGCACAUACAACGAUACAACCCGCCAUCAAGUGACCCAUCCAACAGCCAAUCAAGCAUCUUCUGAUCCCGUGAGCUUGCAAUCUAUUCAACAUGUCUUGAAUCAUGUCGUCUCUAUGCUGGAGGAUCAAUCUACGAGAUUAGCAGAGCGCCAAGAGUCUGAAAUCCAAAGACACCCUUUGCAAGAUCAGGGGAUGUCCUCGUCAUUUAAUGAGCGUGUACAGCCAAUCACUCCCACCCUCACCGAGGACUUGUACAUCCAAACUCCCAAUUUUCCUGCCUCGGUCAACAGCUAUGAAUCAGUUUUGAAGUGGCCGGUGAUAGAAGACCUCAUCAAAUUGCCUGAUCAUCAUUCAUUUGUGGUGGAUGAUCACCGUGAUGACUUCACAGUGCCUGGUCAGCAACUCAUGUGGGGUGAAGAGCAAAGACUCCGAAUCCUGCACGACGCAGAGAAGAUAAUCUGUCUCGAGAUUCAAUGA